UUGCCACACGACGUUCAGCAAUGUCGAAUUAUAAUGCAAUACCUGCAUGCACACAUUUCUGCCAUUAGCCAGUUGCGUUAUGUAAAACCACUGUCGAUAGAAUCUGUAAAGAAACAACAACUCUAAAGGAAAUUCUCCAUCACUGCGAGAUAAAUACGUACUUUCAAGAAUUUAUACAAUCAUCUGGGAUGUGUCCUGGUGUGCCUGAAAAGUCGCUAUCUUCCUAUGUCGAGGGGUCACCGUCCAUUCAAUCUUAGCAAGGAUAGAAAUGGAACAUUAUCUGCCGAGUUUGUUUCAUGGUGACGCCAAGUACUACUUGCAGUCAUUGCACGCAUUCCGUGCUGCGUGCAUUAAAUACCCUGAGUAUGACCAAUGGGAAGAGACCAUCUUCCAGCAGACCGUGGUCUCAAAAUUAAAGAGUGCGCUUGACGAGCAGGGAGAGCUUCGCGUGAUGGGAGUUGGUAGUGGAUCCGGUGAGAGAGAAUGCAAGAUGUUGAUCAAACUUUUACAACACUUCCCGCGCAUCAACAUCCGUGCAGUUGAGCCCCUUCAGGAGCAGCUCGUCAAAUACCAGGCAUUGACGAAAUCCAAGACUUCUGAUUUACGAGGUGUGAAUUUCGAAUGGCGACAGCAGACGAUCGAGGAAUACGAGAAGGUGGAAGAGCCUACUAAGUUUCACUUCAUUGUUGCAGUUCAUUCUGUGUACUACUUUGACAACUUGGAAGACUCACUGAUGUAUCUGCACAGCAUACUGGAACCUGGUGGGGUUAUAUUCAUUGAUAUGAAGUCAGACGAUAGUGGACUCGUCCGGUACUGGAAUCACUUUGCGCCUUAUUUCCACAGCAAGUACAAUUUCAUCACUUCAGCCGAUGUUCGCAGCAUCCUAGACCGCCACGGUAUACCGUACUCGCAGCACCACGAGUGGUCUCGUGUGAACAUCACCAGCUGCUUCGAUGAUGCCUCAGAGGAAGGUAGCAUGGUCUUGGAUUUCCUAAACCACGUGACAAGGUUCAAGGAGUCGGCGGCCAAGGAUUUGAAGCAGCAGGUGCUGGAGUACCUGGCGAGCAGCGCAUGCUCUGAGAAAAGUGGAGAUGAGAUCCUGCUGAUUAACGACUGCGAUACGAUAAUUAUAAGCAAACCACUGAAAUAAUGGAGUGCUGUCGUGAAAUUUUGAACAUAUCAAAUGCAGUUCAACUGGAAGUUAGGGAUACAUCUCUAAUAAGUUAUCUCAAAUGUGGCAUCAUAUAUACAUGUAGUACGUGUAAUCCAGAGUUUUAAUUCCUGUACAGAGUUCUUCCAAAUAAUUGCAUAAUUCAAAGACAACGUUGGUCAUAGGAUGUCUCAGGUGAGACAAAUUACAGCAAGGAUGUUUUCUUUCUGUUCCACAUCUGUUACCCAGAUUGGAAUUGCAGUUGGGUCUGCUCAGUGAUAUUAACAAAGUAAUUCAUAAUAUUAAUAGACUAUGUGAUGGCAGUUAGACUGACGUUUAGGAAUUGGUUAUACGUCAUGCUUCUUUUUCAACUCGUUUACAAAGUGAAAAUAAGACCGUGUUUAAUGCAGUCCUCCUGUGAUGCAAAUGACAUGCGCGCACCUGCACAAUCAAUACAGAACAACAGACACCUCGAUAUUAUGCAGGUUCCAAAAAGACUAUUAUAUUAGCAGGCUCCAAAAAGACUAUUAUAUUAGCAGGCUCCAAAAAGACUAUUAUAUUAGCAGGCUCCAAAAAGACUAUUAUAUUAGCAGGCUCCAAAAAGACUGUUAUAUUAGCCAUGUUUGAUUUGAUAUUUCACUCUUUAUUCAAACAUCGUCAAGCAGACAAUUUACCGUAAAUAGAAUCAUUCAGUGGUUAUUUAAAUCGAAAAUAGGAAUAAAGCUCACUAUGUUUGAGGAGGAAAUUGUACUAUCAUUCUGAGGAAUUCGUGUUAAAAUUGAAAAUAAUUCAGGAAUCUUUCGUAGUGCACUCAAAACGUUUACCAUUGUAUCAAUGAUAUUAUCACCCACUGCUGUCACAAGCAACAGAAUGGUUCCGAUACCAGCAGAGAGCGCAGGUACCAGAGAGCCAAACAACCCUCAUCGUGAUAAGAAAAGCCACCAAAUACUAGAACUUUCAAAUGGCAGUAUAUUCCUCUCCUGAAUGGAAAAGGAAUCAAAUUUGCUCAUUUGAAUAUUUAUAGUCAAAUAAGCAAAACUGAUGAAUUCCGAAUCUUGGUAAAAAAAACAAGCCACUUGAUGUCAUCUCUCUGAAUAAAACAUUCUGUGACUCCUCAG